AUGGACACAGAAGAACCGCCCGGGAAGCCGCUGCGGCAGAGCAAUGGACCCUAUCCCUCUUUUGAGGAACGAUGCACCUUAAGCAUUCCUUUGCCUCAGUUUGACUCAGAUCUGGACCUCAUCACUCCUCUCGAUUCAGAAACAUUAAAUGAUGAGACCCGUCGGUGCUGGAACGUUCACCUGGAUGUGUCCGGACUCAGAAAGCAAGUAUCAACGGCGGGGCCUCCAUAUUGGGACUGGGGUGACUUUGAAUUCGGUUCCGAGCAGAAAGUGAAUGACGAAGGCAAGGUGCCCAUCACUUUGCAAGGUUACAGCGAAGCUAAUGAAACGUUCAAGUGUAGUCGCCCCGCUCCCUACUUAUUCUGCAGACUACUUUUCAUGGAUUGA